GCCUUAUAAAUUUCUUUCCAUCUUUAGGUUUCUCCUCUCGUGCUUCCCUAAUAGCUCCUAUACAUAUUAAUACACUCGUUGCUUAGCUCUUAUCUUUCCUUUCCCUCUCUUAUCCUAUGCUCCACACUCUCUUCCGUGCGCCGGCUUCUUUCUGCAAAAGGUUUUGACUCCCUCUCUUGUUCGCUCGCUUCUAUCUUGGCAAUCGGAUGGGUUGCUAAUGCAGGAUUGUUUUACUCUCUGCUUCCAGAUUCGUUAAAAUCUUUGAGGGUUUUGGUCACUUUAUCGAUUAACAACAGCAGCAGGAGAUCGGAGUGUUUCAUUUAUCGACGCUUGUUGAGAAAAAUCAUGGUGAGUCCAUUUGGGCAGAUGGGCAAGCAGGAUUUGGGUCCACCAUGGUUGAGACCAAUGCUGAGAGCCAGCUAUUUCAUUCCCUGCGCAGUUCAUGGGGAUUCUAAUAAAAGUGAAUGUAAUAUGUUUUGCUUAGAUUGUAUGGAUAAUGCCCUCUGCUCUUAUUGUUUGAUUGAUCAUAAAGAUCACCAUGUUGUUCAGAUAAGGCGGUCUUCGUACCAUAACGUGGUGAGGGUAAGUGAAAUGCAGAAGUACAUAGAUAUAUCCUGCGUCCAGACCUACAUUAUCAAUAGCGCCAAAAUCGUAUUCCUGAACGAGCGGCCUCAGCCAAGGCCUGGAAAAGGAGUCACUAACACUUGCGAGAUUUGUUGCAGAAGCCUCCUUGAUUCCUUCAGAUUCUGUUCUCUUGGAUGCAAGCUUGGAGGCAUGAAGCGGGGUGACCCGGACCUCACAUUUUCGCUCAGGGUGAAGCCCAAUCGGGAUCCGAUCCUUGGCGAGUCUGAAUCCGAUGAGUCCUCUACCCCAAAGAAGAUGAGAAAGACGCAUGCGUUCAACCGGUUGAUGGAUGGACUUUCUAUUUAUUCUUUAGAUGGGCAUAACAAUGAUGUUAGCUCGGGAGAUGACGCCACAACCAACCUUUCUCCAUCUACUCCUCCCAUUUAUAAUCACCGCAAUGCAAGGAGGAGAAAGGGUAUUCCUCAUCGUGCUCCAUUUUGAGACUUCUCGACAAUUGGCGGGGUCAGGGGGAGAUAUAGUAAGGGAAGGGAAAAAAUAUUAUUAAAACGGGGGGAAGAAAUGAAGGGGUGGUAGGCAAUAGUGUUUUAUUAUGCAAUGAAAGAUAGACAAGAAAAAUUAGGGAGGACAUGAUUUGUUAUAGUAUUUUUUUUUUCUUGUGUAAAUAGUAGAAAAUACUAUUUUCUGUAAGUUAUAGACUAUGGAGCAAGGGAAAUAGUUCCUUCAUAGUGGUGGGGAAAUUUAUGAAAAUAACAAAUCUUAGGAUAUUAGUAUGAAAUAUACGUGUAUGUACAUAUGAUAUAUAUGUUGGGUUUAGGUGGUUGGAAAGAUAGUAAUAAUUGAGUGGAAUUAUGAUGGAUUAUGUGCA